UGAUUAUCUCAUAUGGAUGUGCCAUACCCGGUACAUGAUACUAAGUAGCUCAAUAGAGCAGCUUCACCUAGGUAGCUAGCUAGUUGUAUGAGAAGCUCGCAGCUAUCGUUUAAUUAUUCCAUGUUGUUGUUGUUGUUGUUGUCGUCGAACAAUCUGUUCUAAUGCUUUACCCGAUACUUUUCGCCGUCAUUUCUGGGUUCUUUGCUCGCAAUGGCGUCUUCAUCCGCGGCGAAUGGCAUCUUUAUGUUCCACAGAUCGUAGCUGUCCACUUUCUAUUAUGGCUAGGCACGGUAGGUCUCGUGUACCAAGCCCGUAGCUUCGUUUCCGUUGGCGGAGCUUUUCGGCAGGCUUCCAUUAUAGCGGCGUCAUAUUUCACUGCGAUGUUUACUAGCAUGGCAAUUUAUCGCUUGUUCUUCCACCGUCUAUCUAAGUUCCCAGGACCAAACCUUGCUGCUGUCACUAAGCUAUGGCACGUGUUUAAGAUUCGACACUCGACAAAUCACUUGUGGUUGAAAGAGCUGCAUGAGAAGUAUGGAAGUGUCAUACGAACAGAUAUGCUGAAGCCAAGGAGCUCUGCUGUCUUCACUCGGAAUGAACAGGAGCACAAAGAUGGUCGUAGGGCCUGGGUACAGGCAAUCUCCGGGAAAACCAUGAAUUUGUUUAGCUCGUGUAUUUUCUAACAUGUGCAAGAGCUAUGCGAACGUUUCCGUGGGUUUGGUGGUACUCGGCCAGUCCACAUAGACGAACAAGUGUCUCGGUUCACUUUUGAUGUAGUUGGAGACAUAUUAUUCAACCAGGACUGGUUUAAGAUGGUUG